AUGUCCACACGGAUGUGUUUGCCUCGAAACUGCAAAGCUAGAUAUAAGCCUGGAAAGACUGUGCGGUUUCCUUUGUACCUCGCUCAUGUUGUAUGUGAGCGCCGCUCUUGCAGAGUCUACGUGUUUGAAGACAACGUAGGCAUUCAAACUGUGGAAGGGAGAGAGAGUAUGAGACAGGCAGCAGGGAUUGCAUACCUGCUUCGGUUGUCGCUGAGGUUGCGAGUUAUGACAGCGCCCCUCCUUGGCAUCUUGCGGCAUUCCUCGUCUUGUUCCCGCAAGCUAGCAUCAGCUUCAUCUUCCAGCUGCUCAUCAUCACACUCAUCGCUAUCUUCAUCCUCCGUUACCUCUGGUGCUGGCCUUGGCCUCUUUGGCAUGCGCGCUGCUUCUCCAUCAUCCACAUCCGCGGCAGCGCGCUUGAAUGGAUUGGAGGAGGAGAAGAGCGAGGAGGCGGCGGCACACACCUGUUCGGGCGCCAUCGGGAGGCCUUGCCCUAGUCUGACAAGCCUAGGUCAUACUCGUAUGGCUGCUGUGGCCGUGCAGGUGUGGUGUGCGAGCGCCUCGAUCGAACAGGGGCUUGGGCGGCGGAGGCAAAACGCCAGCAGCGUCGAGUUUGGCGGCAGUGGUCAAGAGCUGCUCGGGGCGAGGGCGGCGACACCAGCAAAACCGGAGCAACGGUGGCGCUGGGAGGACAUUCUGCUCGUCCACGAUGCAAGCGAUGAGCUGAAGCGGUCCAUUGUCUCCAAGAGGAAGGUGGCGGCAGCCGCGAUGGUGGCAGCGAUGCAAGCCGCCAAGUUUGGGCCGACCUUCUCCAACUGCAUUGUUGGCCACCUCUCCCACUUCAUGGACACCGUCAUCACCAGGGCAGUGGUGCUCAAGCGCGACCCCAGCUACGCUCACCUCUCCUUCGCCACCCGAGCCAGGUACUGCAUUGACAAGUCCCGCGUGGUGCCGCUGAUAAGAUGGCUGCGACACAACAACUUGACGGCCUCCAAGAUUGGGGAGCUCAUCUGCUACGUCGGGGACGAGGUGGAUCACCUCCGCUUGCGGGUGGAGUGGCUCAAGAAUCUUCACGUCAAGGGGAGAGACCUGGGUGCGGUGCUCAGCAAGCAGCCCGCGCUCCUCCUGCGACCUUUCAACGAGCUCAACCACAACGUUGCUCUUCUGGAGAACGCGGGACUCAAGAGGGAGUGGAUGGGACUCGUCUUCACCUUCUCUCCUUCGGUCUUGCUUGAGGAUCACGACCAACUCAAUCGAAGGAUUGGAAUGUUUACCGAGUUAGGAAUUGACGAGUACAGCUUUGGAACAAUGGCAUUCAACUUCCCUCCUAUCCUUGGCCGUCUUUCAAUCCAGGAGAUGGCUGCAAAGUUGGAUUAUCUGCGAGGCUUUGGGCUGGGAGACCACACAAUCGGAAACAUGGUUGUAACGCGGCCUCAUUUACUGGGUGCCAGUGUGGAAGAGUCGUGGCAACCAAUUGUCAAGUUCCUGUAUUGCCUGGGCAUUGAGCGCUCAGGCAUCCGAAGGAUUCUGUCCCUCAACCCCUCUGUCCUCUGCCUCGACCUUUCCAUAAACAUUGUUCCAAAGGUCCAGUUUCUGAGAGCCAUCGGCGUGCACGAGGAAGUGAUUGGGCAGGUGCUCGUUGGCUUCCCGCCGUUGCUCACCGCAAGCCUCAACAAAAGGAUCAGGCCCGUGGUCCGGUUUCUCCUCGACGAUGCUGGUGUGAGCGAAGACAAGAUUGGCAAGGUGAUUGCGGCACAGCCCGAGAUCAUAGGAUGUAGCCUCAACCUCCGGCUGUCGGACAACGUGAGGUUUUUCAUGUCCUUGGGAAUACAGAGCCAUCAGCUGGGCCAAAUGAUCGCAGACUUCCCCAUGCUUGUCAAGUACAAUCCAGCGGUUCUUGAGCCCAAGUAUCUCUACCUCAAACGUGUAAUGCGACGGCGGCUAGAGGAGGCGAUCAAGUUUCCCAGGUUCUUCAGCUACGCUCUAGAGUCGAGGAUAGUUGCGAGGCAUGAGCUGCUGGAGAGCAAGGGCCUGCAGUUUAGGCUCAAGCAGAUGCUAGCUUGCAGCGACGAAGAGUUUGGACGCAAGGUGUACGCUGCGGAGCGAGGCCUUGUGGAGAGAGAGACAAGCGACAGUGAUGAUAUUAGGGCUUGAGGUGAGAUGGCCUGCCCGUUUGGUGGAGCGACUCACGAGGUGAGCGACAGCAGCCCCAAGUGCCCACUUGGCUACGACACUGCCUCGUUCAAGCUCGGCCCCUUGAGCUGCCUAGUGUGCCGGGCUCUCCUCUUCAAGGCCGCGCGCUGCCUUCCCUGCCGCCAUGUCUUUUGCAGGUAAAACACAGACGAGACGAGAAAUUUGUGAA